AUGACCUCUGAUGAUGGGCAUGCUGGGCAAGAAAGAGAAAAGGAUGCUGAAUUAAUUGAGGUUGGAGGCAAGAGAGUAAGCAAGACGUCGACAGGAAAACGAAAGUUCCAUAAUAAGUCCAAGACUGGUUGCGACAAUUGUAAGAGAAGAAGAGUGAAAUGUGAUGAAGGCAAACCCUUUUGCAAAAAAUGUACAAAUAUGAAAUUGGAUUGUGUUUACAGUCCCAUCCAGCCAAGAAGAAGGAAAGAUUCUUCGACAUCAAAGUUUUCAAUAACAGCCCAAGAUAGAGUAGGCAAGAAACAUCUGAGUGACAGUACUAUUAUAUUACAGCAACAGCUUCACCAUCAGCAAGAACAACAACUUCGUCAACAACAACAAGUCCAACUACAGCAACAGUUAUUGCCACACGUCGGCACUGAUGAACAAAGUAACGUGCCAAGUAGCGUUCCCCCAUCUGUAUCCAACAAUAUGGAGACUCUUUUAUUACCGCAUCUAUUAGCUAGUUUAGUGAAUAACGGCAACAAUAAUAUCAACGGUAAUACGAGUGGAGGUGAAGCGCACAACAAUUCAACUCAAACAGCGCCGAAUACAAUGAUUAACAACAACCACCCGAACAUGACCAUACCGGGAAAUUCACCAUUGAGUAUACCGAUAACACCUAACUUUCAAUCAACAGCAAUGAAUUUGUCCAGCAGCCUUAACGGUCUACUUUCACCGGGUAGGCAAAACUCGGUGACGAAUGGUAUACAACAGCCACAGGUUCAACAACAACAACAGCAGCAACUUCCGCAACAACAAGGAACUCAAUCCCCAUUCAGCAAUAUUCCCUUUGACCAAUUAGCGCAAUUAAAUAAGAUGGGACUAAACUUUAAUAUGAAAAGUUUCAAUACGUUAUUUCCAUCGGGCACAGCAAAUGGGAUGGCGUCUGAAUUUCAAGAGUUAUUUAACCUAGGCAAACUUGCCACGUCUAAUAACAGAGCCAUCAAAGUUAGCACAGCGGAGGAGGCAUUGGCGAAUAUGCAACAAGAACAGGAAAAUAAAAACAAGCAGUUUACGAAAAAUCCGUUGGAUAAUACUAAAACAGAUGCUGUAAACCCAGGCAAUAACUUGCUUCAAGGAAAUGUGAAUAAAGUAAAUGCAUCGGAUAUGCUCUCCAGUAACAAAAGCUUGAUAAUUGACAACACAGGUCUCACAAUAAGUCCCACGCACACUUUAACGAAGCCCUCCAUAGAUCAGACUAUUGCAUCUCCCUCCACGGGGGUAUCCAACGGAACCUCCACAAAGUCGUUAUUGUCGAUACCAGACAAUGGGGUUGCUUUGAGAAACUCUCCUACUUUAAAGACGUCACCAAUGGGUGACCUAUUAUCCAAUUCGGAGACGUUGUCUCCGCGUUCAUCAAAUUCUCAUACUCAACAACAAUCAUCCCCUCAUUCAAACGCUUCACAAACUUCACAACUAAUUCCCGAGUUGAUUGGACUGUCCAGAAAAUCAAAUUUAAACUUGGUAGAUCUAAAGCUUUUCCAUCACUACUGUACUAACGUAUGGCACACCAUUACCGAAGCAGGUAUUUCUGGUCCAGAAGUAUGGAGCACUUACAUUCCGGAUUUAGCUUUCCAUUUCCCCUUCUUGAUGCAUACAAUUUUGGCCUUUAGCGCGACUCACCUGUCAAGAACUGAAACUGGUUUGGACAAUUACGUAUCUAAUCACCGCUUGGAAGCAUUGAGGCUGCUCAGAGAGGCUGUGCUAGAGAUUUCAGAUGACAACACAGACGCUUUAGUAGCUAGUGCUUUAAUACUAAUCUUAGAUUCCUUGGCAAAUGCUUCAAGUAGUUCACCAACAGCGUGGAUUUUCCAUGUUAAAGGUGCUGUAACGAUAUUAACGGCAGUUUGGCCCCUGUCGGAAACAUCCAAAUUUUUUAACUUGAUAUCCGUCGAUCUGAGUGACUUGGGAGAAGCCGUAGUCAAUCAAACCAACCAUACUAAUGACAGCGAUAGCAACAAUAAUGGUAAUAACAACAAUAACAAUACGAUCUCGGAACUAGUAUGCUUUGAUGAAAGUAUAGCAGAUUUAUAUCCUGUAGAAAUUGAUUCACCAUAUUUGAUAACGUUAGCAUAUUUGGACAAACUGCAUCGUGAAAAAAAUCAAUUAGACUUUAUGUUAAGAGUCUUCUCAUUCCCUGCUCUAUUAGAUAGGACCUUUUUAGCAUUAUUAAUGACAGGGGAUUUAGGCGCCAUGAGAAUAAUGAGGUCUUAUUAUACAUUAUUAAGAGGUUAUACCACGGAAAUAAAAGAUAAAGUAUGGUUCUUGGAUAGCGUAUCACAAGUCUUACCACAGGACGUUGAUGAGUACAGCGGAGGAGGUGGCAUGCAUAUGAUGUUGGACUUCUUAGGGGGGGGAUUACCUUCUAUGACCACUACAAACUUUUCUGCUUUUAUGUAG